AUGACACCAGCAUCAGCCAACAAGGACAGCUGCGAUUUUGAUCUGCCUUCACUUUGGAUUGAUUUGAAAGUUCCGGGAUCGGAUGUCGAUGCUUCAGAUUCUGAUUUUGAACCGGAUAAUAGGCUACAUUCGCAUUGCGAAAGUGACUCGUUCGAAGAAGCUUUUAUUUAUGAGACGGUGACGAAACGAGAAUCGGAGAGUCCUACCCCCAACAUAAUGGCGUAUGCCCAACGGACCCAAAGACCGCCGUCUCCACCGUGGCCGAAAGUGACUCCAUUCGAUUUCAGCGUCCAGAGCAAUAAAGUUUCCAUCAUCAAUGUCAACACAGCUCAUGUGCUAUACGAAUCUGUUGAACAAGACUACAACAUCUUAGUUUAG